GUGCCCGACAUGUUUGCCUUCAGGAACCAGCCCUUCAAGACUCUGUACCUCCUCAUCUUCAUACCAGUCACCCUCUUCGUUCGUCUGCCAUACUGGGUGCUCAUCUCCGCUAUUCCCGCCUUCAGGCCACAUAAAACAUGGUCCUUGAAGCGCACCAUCAGUCUCUACGUCAUCAUCGUCGCCAACAACUUACCCUUCCAGAUCGGGUUUAGGGCUCCCCCGGGUGACCCAGCAAAGGACAGUGUCAGCCCCGAGACCACUGGUUUCGCGUGGGUCGAUGCAGUACCUGAGCAGCUCGUCACUGGUGAACUCGCCGAGCUCGCUCGUCAGAACCAGGUGAAGCCCGCAAGGAUUUUCGGAUACUGGUAUGGAGUCCGCGACGAACAUGGAAAACCCGGCCAGCAUGCAGCCAAGGGGGAGCGCGUUUUGUACUACAUCCACGGUGGAGGCUACGUCAAAGGCUCGUCUCACCCUUCUAGCAUGUGGACGAACAUACCGAAAGGAUUCGUCGAGAAAUGCGCCAACAUCGCAAAGCGAUCCUUUGCGGUCGAGUCUCGUCUGUCUUCUUCCGCCCCCUUCAAGCCUGAGAACCCGUUCCCCGCGUCAGUUAUCGAUGCAUUAUCAGGCUACCGAUACCUCGUCGAGGUCCUUGGUUUCGAAACGCAGAACAUCAUCGUCUCCGGCGACUCCUCCGGCGGACACGUUGCGAGCAACCUCGUGCGCUACCUCAUCAACGCCAGUCUCUCUGGUCUCGCGGCGCCCGGCGCGCUUUUCCUGCUCUCGCCGACCAUGGACUGGGCCAACACACACCUCGGUACGGCAGCGUCCACGAUGGAACAAAAUCACGCGACGGACUUCGUGCGCGAGGUGCUGCUCAACGGGUACAGCGCGACGAGCAUGCGGGGCAGCCUCGACGCAAGCGAACUCGAGACGAACCCGUGGCUGUCGCCCGCCUCGCUGAAGCUGGAACAGACAGAGGGUCUGUUCGCGAAUUACCCGCCGACCGCGAUCGUGGCUGGGAGCCUCGAGCAGACCGUCGACGCCAUGCGCACGUUCCGCGACCGCCUCGAGAGCGACAGCGGGCGAGACAAGGUCGUCUACUUCGAGUACCCCAACGUGUUCCACGAUUGGCUAAUGGUGACGUCGCUCGAGCCUGAGCGGAGCCAGGCGUAUAGUGACCUGGGCAAGUGGUUGAAUGGGGUAUAUGGCGUUUAGAGUGGGUGAUGUACGGUGUGCAGGGUGGGAGGUCUUGACGGGUUUGGCUGGGUACAUUUUCAUUUUUCUCUUCCGCAAUUCCUACGUUAUAAACCCACCAUACUCCCUACAAUCGCUUCCCCGUGUUUAUGUUCUCUUACGAGAUUUUCCCAUCCUUUUGCUUGGGCUCGCAUUCGUACGGUUGCCGACUGCGCCUUCGAGCUUCGCAUGUGCAUUACAGGCGCGGCCAUUUAUUGGUGUAAGGAGCAGAAUCCGUGUCGGGCCUGCAAAAUAUGAGCGAACAACCAUAGUGUGUGUAGCGUCG